CGGGCCGGAAAGUUUGUCCGGCGGCCGCGGCGGGGACUCUGCCCGGGGGAUGCGCGCCCAGCCCGCCCCGGUCCCCAGCACGCCGCGGAGCCCCGCUCGCCAUGGGCCGUCCCCCACCUAUCCUGCCCCUGUGUGCCUCUGUGUCUUUGCUGGGCGGCCUCACCUUUGGAUACGAACUGGCGGUCAUUUCGGGUGCCCUGCUUCCCCUGCAGCUUGACUUUGGCCUAAGCUGCUCAGAGCAGGAGCUCCUGGUGGGCAGCCUGCUCCUGGGGGCUCUCCUCGCCUCCCUCGUGGGGGGCUUCCUCAUUGACCGCCAUGGCAGGAAACAGGCCAUCCUGGGCAGCAACGUGGUGCUGUUGGCAGGUAGCCUGGCCCUGGGCCUGGCUGGCUCCCUGGCCUGGCUGGUCCUGGGCCGCUCGGUGGUUGGCUUCGCCAUCUCGCUCUCCUCCAUGGCCUGCUGCAUCUAUGUGUCAGAGCUGGUGGGGCCGUGGCAGCGGGGAGUGCUGGUGUCCCUCUACGAGGCAGGUAUCACCGUGGGCGUCCUGCUCUCCUACGCCCUCAACUAUGCACUGGCCGGUGCCCGCUGGGGAUGGAGGCAUAUGUUUGGCUGGGCCGCCGCGCCCGCUCUCCUGCAGUCCCUCAGCCUCCUCUUCCUCCCUGCUGGUGCAGACGAGACUGCAGCCCACAAGGACCUCAUCCCACUCCAGGGAGGUGAGGCCCCCAAGCUGGGCCCGGGGAGGCUACGGUAUUCCUUUCUGGACCUCUUCAGGGCCCGGGACAACAUGCGAGGCCGGACCACAGUGGGCCUGGGGCUGGUGCUUUUCCAGCAGCUGACGGGGCAGCCCAAUGUGCUGUGCUACGCCUCCACCAUCUUCCACUCGGUCGGCUUCCAGGGCGGAUCCUCAGCUGUGCUGGCCUCCGUGGGGCUCGGCACGGUGAAGGUGGCAGCGACCGUGACCGCCAUGGGGCUGGUGGACCGCGCGGGCCGCAGGGCCCUGCUGCUAGCUGGCUGUGCCCUUAUGGCCCUGUCGGUCAGCGGCAUAGGCCUGGUCAGCUUUGCCGUGCCCAUGGACUCGGGCCCGAGCUGCCUGGCCGUGCCCAACGCCACCGGGCAGACAGGCCUCCCUGCAGACCCUGGCCUGCUAAGGGGCUCAUCUCCACCUCCAAUGCCAAGCACCAGUGAGGACCGAAGGGAGCCAGUCUUGUCCACCAAGCCCCACUCCGGAGCUGGAGACACCGCGGCCUCACCCGCGCCAGCACUGAGCACCGCCUUCCCGGCGUACCCGCCCGCCUCCCCCGGGCCCGCGCUGCUGCGCUGGACGGCGCUGGUCUGCCUCAUGCUCUUCGUGAGCGCCUUCUCCUUCGGAUUCGGGCCGGUGACCUGGCUUGUCCUCAGCGAGAUCUACCCUGUGGAGAUCCGAGGGAGAGCCUUCGCCUUCUGCAGCAGCUUCAACUGGGCCACCAACCUCUUCAUCAGCCUCUCCUUCCUCCAUCUCAUCGGUGCCAUCGGCUUGUCCUGGACCUUCCUGCUGUAUGGACUGACUGCUGUUCUCGGCAUGGGCUUCGUUUAUUUAUUCGUUCCUGAAACAAAAGGCCAGUCGUUGGCGGAGAUAGACCAGCAGUUCCAGAAGAGACGGUUUGCCCUGAGGUUUGGCCACAGGCAGCACUCAGCUGGCAUCCAGUACAGCCGCAUCGAGGUCUCUGCGGCUCCCUGAGGAGCCCACCUGCCUGGAAAUGCCGGUGCCAUGGCCUUACCAGACCAUCCCCAGCUUCCUGCUCCCCAGGCCCUGGAGCACAAGUUCCAGGUGGGCCUUCACAAGUGGCCCCACCGCAAAGGAGGUCUUUUUUGCUGGGGUGAGAGGCAUGACAGUCUGAGAACCCCAAACUCUUCAUUUUGAGUCUCAGACCCUGAGGGUUCCUGGGGAUCUAGCUUCAUGCCUCAGUUUCCCCACUGACUUUACACAUCUCUGCAGUAUUUAUGACAAGAACAACUUAUAGAGUCUGCGUUGCACCAUAGACUUUCUGAAAGAAUCUCUAGGGCACCAAUCCUGGGAAGAAGUCUCUCCUGGUAUCACCCCUAAAUCCAACUGAGGAUAUCAUGUUUUCUACUCUCUUUUUUUCAUCUGGCUGGGACAUUUCUGGACAUCUGGCUGGGUGAGGGGUAGGCCCACUUUCUGACUCUUAGUUCUGAAUUUUGUUCAACCCUUCUAAUUCUCUUAUCCAGAACAUUUAUUAUUCACCAGCAACUCUGGUGGAGACCUGAGUGCUCGCUCUGGUUCUGCUGGUGUCGCCGCCAUCUGACCUGGGGCCUUCACUUCCCUCUAUGUGCAGCGGGAGGCCUGGGCCAGAUCAUUCUUAAGUUCCCUUGUGACUGCAGCGAGUGGAAUUCUAAAUGCUGACAACACAACAAAUAUUCACAUGGGCCCUGCCCUCAAGUUGCUGGGUACCUCUUUAGGGCAUAUAAGUUUUAAUCAAUAAAAAAGGUAAGUAGGAUUCCAGAGUCGUGCACUAACCUCCAAGAACCAGCACAGUGCAUGUAAACAAGCGCCAGCAGCUGUUUCCAGGGUGGUGCAGGACGGCUCUGCAGACAGGAGAGGGGUCUGGAGGCCGACAGACCUGGUAGUCGGGGCUGCCUCUGCUUCUCGGCAGCCAUUGACCUUGGGUAAGUACCAACUCCCGCAAACCGGUUUCCUCACCGGUAGAAUGGGGGUAAUUAUGUCCCUAAGGGUGUAUUUCACCCCUGGCUCCCUUCAGGGGGGUCCUAGCUGGUCCCGGGCCUGGGGGAUUUCUGCUCACCCUCCGUUACCCAGGUCCCCACUUUUGGGACGUUGUAAAAGGUCAGUCCUCAAAGAGUGAGUCAGAUGGGGACUGAGCGAGUGGCUGAGGCUGACGGUCACUUAAGGAAGGGGCUGACGAGCAGGAGCUCCCAGAUGCCGAGGAGAACGCGGAGCUAAAAUAGACCCUGGGUGCUGGUGCUGGGCCAUCCCGUGGCGCGCCGGAGCUGGCCGUGCCGGCUUGUGAGAGCUCACGCCCAUUUUCAGGAUUUUCGCGAGCUGGUUGUUAAACGCAGCCGUUAUGACAAAUUAUGUGACUGAAACUUAUCAUCAAAUAAGUUAUAUUAAAACAAAGGUAAUUAAUACACAAAACUCAUCACCUCUUAAUCUUGACUGUGUUCUUCUAUUAUCUGUGCUCUUGGGUUUAUCUGCAUGCAGAGUGUCUUACGGGGGCCUCAGGGAGACAGCGCACAGCUCUUCCCAGUUCUGUGCUCGGUGACAUCACGUUGGUUGUUGGUGGCUUAACUGGCCAUGGGGAGUGUAUUUACGUCACAGAGAUCAGAGAGCGUUACAGAUCAGGGCUUUAUUUAUUGUUCUCUUGAUUUUCCAGACUCGAGAACAUGCCAGAUAAAAUGGUAGUAAUGCAAAUUAAACUUUAAAGUGUGUCUUGUUUGUAGCCAAUUCUUUGUGAAUGACACAGAAAAUUGCGGGAAUGUUCUCCCAGUAUUCGAGCACUGUUAUCCGGUUCCACGGACAUUUGCCUGUGUCAUUGAAGAAGGAGCUCUAACAUACAUCUUUAUUGUUUUACUUUUGUCUUCCUUGUUAAUGUAAACAAAUAUUCCAACCAGCACUCGUGCCAGACCUAAACUUGUUCUUCGG